AUGGUUUCCUCCCUGCCAUCUGUUGACGACAAUAUUAGAAAGGUCUCCAUUCCAAACUCCUCUUCUCUGCUUUCCACAGGCCUCAAUGGUGACCAUGAACAACAACCUCCCCAUCCUCCUAGCGCAGGAUUAAAACUACGAAGUACAGACUUAGAAACCUCUCAGGAAAUCUCAGUUGACUUCUGCAAGCUUCAUGCUGAAUAUGUCAACUCUAGCAGGAUUCCAGGUAGACGAGGAAAAGAGGUUGGAGUCGGUACCACAUCUACCGUGAGGGUCAUGUAUGAAAAGGGAUCUUCUAAAACUACCCUUUUUGCAGUCAAAGAGUUCCGCAAAUGCGCCCCAGAAGAAGAUAAGAAGGAGUAUGAAAGAUGCAUCAAGUCUGAAUUUAGCAUUGCGGUUAGCCUUGACCAUCCCAAUAUCGUCAAGACGGUGCGGCUUUGCGUUCACAAUGGUCUUUGGAACCAAGUGAUGGAGUAUUGCAGCCGAGGUGAACUUUUUGAAAUUGCGAGGAGAAAAUACAUCCGGGUUGAAGACCAAAUGUGCUUUUUCAAACAAAUCCUUCAGGGUGUUGCCUACUUGCACGACAAGGGUAUCGCCCAUCGUGAUAUCAAACUCGAAAAUAUACUUCUCACCGAAGAGGGUCACCUCAAAAUCACCGACUUUGGAGUCGCAACAAUUUUUCGGAGAUCUCACCCUGGCAUGGAAUCCGCUUCGGAGCAGGAUCCAAAGGAUUCAGGUGAAAUACGCAGAUGUAAGCCAGGAUUUUGUGGAAGCUUGCCAUACGUUGCCCCGGAGGUGCUAGCUGAGAAAGAUUAUGACCCCAGAGCCAUUGACGUUUGGUCCUGUGGUAUUGUCUGUGUUGCCAUAUUGAUGACCGGCAAGCCAUGGAACGCGGCCCUUCCAGAGGAACCUCGCUAUGCACAAUUCUUGAAAGGGUGGGAAGACUUUGCCAAACUAAAGGCUGGAGGCAAUCCUACUAUCACAGGCCUUGAUAUCCCUUCCUGUGGACCAUAUUUCAAAGCUAUUCGCAAACCAUCUCUCCUACGCCUUGUAUUGAAAAUGCUGCACCCUGAUCCAAAAUACAGGAUUUCUAUCCAUACAGCAUUGAGACAGCGUUGGGUUAGGGACAUCGAGUGUUGCUGCCCGGACCCAAAGGACUUGCCGAAUAUAGACUCUUCUACGGACAGUUGCAGGCCAAAGUUUCUAGUGCAACACAAGCAUUGCCCAAUUGAAAAGAGAGGUCUGUUUAAAUGGUAA